AUGUGGUUGAUGCCCAAGACUGGCCCUGAAGGCUGGACCAAGAUAAAAGCUCAGCAAGUGAACCUGUUGUUCAUCAGAGAUGAAUCGGCUAUCAACACCAUCGCAAGUCAGAACCUUGCCCAGACAGAUACAAUGUCACAACAGAGGGGCGGCGAGCUUCAGCUCUCGGGCGAAACACAAUCCUCGGGAAAUACAACAUACUCGUUGGAGAGAUACCUCGGCAGUGACGGAGGCGUCACAGAGCGGCUGCUUACAGGGCUCAACGUCAACGGUAUCAUGAGCCGAGCCCGAGUAGUCCAGAGCGAGGCAGGAAGGCUGGCGGAUAAAGUCACUCAACCGCCCCGGGGACAAAGUUGA